CAGAAACAGAUAUUUGGCUUAUAAUGACAAAAUGGGGACUCUCUCUCUCUUCCCUACUUCUCUCUAUGGUCCUCUGCGAACCCAUCUCUCAUCUUCAAAAACCCAUCUCUGCAACUCCGUUUUCUUGCCACACGUCUCUGUAACUUAUCCUCAACAAAGACGUUUUCGCAGCAAGAAUGUUGUUUUCGGUAGCAAAUCAGUUGAUCCAAAGGAGUCCCAGUUCUUUGAUGAAGAUGGAGCUGUGGAUGACAUGGAUGGCUACAUGAACUACCUUUCUCUUGAAUAUGACUCCGUUUGGGACACUAAACCUUCCUGGUGCCAACCAUGGACAAUUACACUGACCGGAGCGCUCGUGAUUGCGUUUAGCUGGUUGAUUUUGCACUCAGUAUUAGCCACAGGCGUUGUAGUCUUCCUAAUUGGUUUAUGGUGGUACAUCUUUCUGUAUUCAUACCCAAAGGCGUAUGCAGAUAUGAUUGCCGAGCGGAGGAAGAGGGUGUCCAACGGUGUUGAAGACACCUUUGGAAUGGGGGAGACGCGGUGAUGAACUGAUGAUCCUGAUUAAAGCACCACCACAGUUGUCUCCUUCAUAACUUUAUGCUUGCGAGAAUUAGGGGUUAAAUCUCACGUCAAUGGAUGUAUUGAUUUUGAUAGAAUGAGCAAUCAUUUGUAAGGUAAUGUCACGCUUGAACAAAACGGAAUUCGAGCCGAACAAUUGAUCUGGUACUGUUUCAAAGUGAAAUUAAAUCGCAUGCAGUUGUUUAGCAGCA